UCGCCGCAUCCUCGCCAGAGUUGAAUCGAAAGUGCAAGUAAAAGCGAACAAAGCGACUAAACAAGCGAGUCAAAACACUCAAAAAAAUGGCUUUGUGGUUGUACACCGACCCCUUCGACUUCUACCGACCAGCUCAUCGUUUCCUGGAGCGCUGGUUCGACCCGGAGGACUUGUUCCCUCGAGACUUUAGGCUGCUACAGGACCAUGGGUCUAGUGAUAUUAACUUCGACAAGGACAAAUUUCAGGCCAACAUCGACGUGCAGCAAUUCCGACCUGAAGAAAUCACGGUGAAGGUGUCGGACGACACCGUCACCGUCGAGGGAAAACACGAGGAGAAGAGGGACGAGCAUGGGUACAUUUCCAGACAUUUCGUCCGGAAAUAUGUCUUGCCCAAAGGACAUGACGUGAAUCGGGUGGAGUCCAAGUUGUCUUCGGAUGGGGUCUUGACCAUCACUGCCCCGAAGGUUGGCGAUGGGAAGGAGCAGGAGAAGAGCAUUCCGGUGGUGCAGACGGGACAGCCUACACCAGCGGUGCAACAAAAGCAAGAGGAGAAGAAAUAAUCACCUCGAAUUUUUUUUAAAUUUUUUCUAAGUCAUUAUUGUAAUGAAAUAGACUGAUUUUGUGAUAUUGUUACCAAACUUAAUAGUGUAUUAUCAAGUUUUGUUAUUCUCCUCUUUAAAAUAAUAAAUAAAUUAUUCUGGUUAUAAAA